AUGUAUCAAAACCUAGGCAAAACAACUGAGAAGGAAAGUGAACCAAAAGAGAAGGAGAAGGAAGAUAAUGUUGGUGAGGCCGUAGAAAAAGAAGUACCGUACAUACCACCUCCACCUUAUAAACCACCCAUUCCAUAUCCUCAAAGAUUCGAAAAAUCUAAAAGCGUAGGGCAGUUUAAGAAAUUUGUUGAACUUCUAAAACAAUUAAACAUCACAACACCUUUUACGGAAGCUAUCACUCAAAUGCCCUCGUACGCUAAGUUUCUUAAGGAAAUUUUGUCAAACAAGAAGAAGAUAGAAGAUAACGAAAUCGUUACACUUACCGCUGAGUGUAGCACAAUAAUUCAAAAUAAAAUGCCUCCUAAGCUGAAAGACCCAAUAAGUUUUUCCAUACCCUGUAACAUAGGAAAGUUUGUCAUAGACAAAGCUCUAUGCGACUUAGGAGCUAGUAUCAGCUUAAUGUCCCUAUCCAUAUGCAGAAAGCUUGCAAUGGGAGAGUUAAGACCAGCUAAGAUGUUAGUGCAACUGGCAGAUCGUUCUGUUAAGUAUCCAGUAGGCGUUCUUGAAAACAUUCCUGUUCACAUAUGUCAAUUCUACAUCCCUAUAGAUUUCAUAAUAAUGGACAUAAAAGAGGAUGUCAACACCCCUAUAAUAUUAGGAAGACCAUUUUUAGCCACUGCCGGAGCCAUUAUAAAUGUAAAAAAGGGAAAGCUGACUUUUGAAGUAGGCAAAGAGAAAGUCGAGUUUAUUCUGAUACAAUUCCUUCAAGCCCCAUUUAUAUAG